AUGAAGAAAGAAACUCCAGAAGAGAAGGAAACAUACAAAGCAUCGUUAUUUGAGCCUAUUUACGGCAAGGAGUGGAAGACUGUCAUUUCCUCGAUGUUUGAGAAAGAUUCGGCUGCAGCUAGUUCCAGUAUCGGUGCCCCUCAGCUUGGAGAGAAUGGGCAUGCUGUGGAGUCUGAUGCAGGAAAUGGGGAGGACAUAAUUCAUGUUCAUACUGAGCCGUUUGAUGCCGCAAGGGGCGAGGAAGAAAUUGAUACUUCCCAUAUCGGUGUCGAACAGCGUGAACUAAAUGUGAAUACUGAGUGGUCUGAUGCGGAAAAGGAGGAGGGCAUGCCGGAUACUUACCAUGCUUGUAUUCUUUGGCCUGAAGGGAGUGUGAAUACCGGGCAGUCUGAUGCGGGAAAGGGGGACGAUAUAGGUACUCGGACAGAGCAUUAA